CACGGCUGCCUCAAACGGGGACGCGUUGGCAGAGGACCUGGCACCCACCCUCUGUGCCGGCAGGCUUUAUGCGGGACGGAGCCGGCCAUGGAGAAGUUGUACUUUGCGGGGAGCGGCGCAUGGACGCUCAACGGCUCGCUGGGGAACGGCAGCCUCCGCCUGGAGAACCAGACCUCCGGGAGGAACAGCACCACGGACCCCCUGAAGAGGAACGAGGAGAUGGCCAAGGUGGAGGUGACGGUCCUCUGCCUCAUCCUCUUCCUCGCCCUGACCGGCAACCUGUGCGUGCUGCUUUCCAUCCACACCACCCGGCAGAAGCACUCCCGCAUGUAUUUCUUCAUGAAGCACUUGAGCAUCGCUGACCUGGUCGUGGCCAUCUUCCAGGUGCUGCCCCAGCUCAUCUGGGAUAUCACCUUCAGGUUUUACGGGCCGGAUUUCCUCUGCCGGCUAAUCAAGUACUUGCAGGUGGUGGGGAUGUUUGCUUCCACCUACAUGCUCUUGCUGAUGUCCCUGGACCGGUGCUUGGCCAUCUGUCAGCCGCUGAGGUCUCUGCACAGGAGAGCGGACCGGGUCUCUGUCCUCCUCACCUGGCUGCUGUGCCUGCUGGUCAGCAUCCCUCAGAUCCACAUAUUUUCUCUGAGGGAUGUAGGGAAUGGGGUUUACGACUGUUGGGCAGAUUUCAUCCAGCCCUGGGGACCUAAAGCCUAUGUCACCUGGAUAACCCUCAUGGUCUACAUCAUCCCCGUGUUGAUGCUGAGCAUUUGCUAUGGCUUAAUCAGCUUCAAAAUCUGGCAGAACGUGAAGCUUAAGACGGCUCACGGGCCCAACGUGGGUCUGAGCUCCAGCUCCCGCAGCGGGACGGCCUUUGCCAGGGUCAGCAGCACCAGGCUCAUCUCCAAAGCCAAGAUCCGGACAGUCAAAAUGACCUUCAUCAUAGUGUUAGCUUUCAUAGUGUGCUGGACUCCCUUUUUCUUUGUGCAGAUGUGGUCUGUGUGGGACACCAAUGCUCCGCAGGAAGCCUCCCCCUUCAUCAUCGCCAUGCUCCUGGCCAGCCUCAACAGCUGCUGCAACCCCUGGAUCUACAUGCUGUACACGGGGCACCUCUUCCACGACCUGGUGCGGCGCUUCCUCUGCUGCUCCACGCGCUACCUGAAGUCACGGCCGGCGUGCGACCUGAGCGUCAGCAAGAAGAGCAACUCCUCCUCCCACGUCCUCAGCUGCAAGAACACGAGCCAGAGGAGCUUCACGCAGCCGUCCAUGAUUUGAGGCAUCGCUGGCCAGGACAUUGCGCCGCUGCUGUGCUGCCUCCAGCGCUUCCCUGUGAAAAGCUGGGAUUUGGACAAGCAAGGGCGUUUCUAUAUAAAUAGGUGUAUAUAAGUCUGUGCGCGUGUAAGCAUGUACAGCGGUUGUUAUUUAACUGAGGCAGGAGUUGGGGGAGGACUUCUGUGUUCCAAGUUUCAGUGCUGCCUGGGACUGGGCACCAGGGACCUGCUUCUGAGCCCCCAAACCACUGACAUCGGUGGCUUUUAGACACCACCGGGAGGGACAGGUUUUGCCCCGAACGAUCCCGCGCUGCUGGGGCAGGUGUGCUACGUCCCCGUCGGAUGCAAGGGGCUGCAGCGCGGGGUGAUAAGUGCCACCCCGGGCACCCGGGCGUCGGGCACCCGGCCCCACCGCCGGAAUCCCAUGGGAUGCCAGCGCCUGGCUGGGGCAGAGCCGCGGGCACUGCGUUCUCAACACGGGCGCGAUUGCUUUGCUUGAAGCGCUGUGGGGCAGAGGCAGCCCCAUCUCUGCAUCCCUGCAUCCCUGCAUCCCUGCUCGGUGCCAGUCCUGCUUCCCCCAGCCCGGGCCUGCCGGCGGCACCGCCGGCACAGAGCAGGGCAGUCCUGCCGCCACGGGCUGGGGGGGGGACAGCGGGGACAGGUCUGGGGACAGGCGUCCUGGGGGGCAACACUAAUGGCCGGGUGUCCCUACCCCCCCAAGCUGUGCUCCGUGUGCUGUGUGAGGCUGGGCACACGGGUCAGCAGGAGCCAGGGGAGCGGACACGGCGGCAGGGCCAGGGGAUCUGUGCAAUAACACGUUUGCCGAAUGUGCUCAAAAGCUUCUCUGAAGGCAGGUGUGUGGGAUUACAGCUGGACUCCGUGGGGUUUAACAGAGAAACUCCUGUUGAGUCCCCUGAGGCCAAGCUUUUGCUUUGGGUUUACCGCAGAUCGCAUUUAGUCUUUUACACCAAUGCAAUUUUCUUGCUCUGUAACGCACAAGUUCAUGCUUAUGGCAUGGAUUUUUAAUUGUUAAGAAAUAUCUGUAAAUAAAGUUUUCUCACUGUGUUGUGAUGGAAAGUGGGAGGGGAAGUGCAGAAGGAACACUAGACUAAGAAAAGGAAGGAAACCGAUGGGAAACAACGCUUUGAACACAAGACCCAAGUGCGCUCAGCGUAACGAUGCUUUUGUCUAUCGAGUACUGCACCAAGCACUUCAGAUCUGCACACCACUUUAUUGCAUAGCAUGAAGCUAUGCUCCUGCCUUUGCUCACACUGCCUCCCAGAUCUGCAGCUGGGGGGGAUGUGCAGAAGCAAGGCCUGCAUGCAAAGGGUAAUACAAUUUGGCCUUACAUUUUGGGAAUGAAUAUGAAAAAUGCAUUUAAAGGUGUACUUUAUUUUGUCACUGUCAUCAACAGGUACAUUUUCACCUUUCAUAUCCUGGCAUUCCUUUGACAUUUUUGUAGUAACUUCAAGUGAGCUCUCAGCACAUUUGCUGAAUACGACCCAGCACAUUCAGUCUCAGCAUAUUUUACCAGGCUGGUUUAUAUUCUUAGGAAAGCAUAUAGCAUUUUCCUCCCAUGUUCACCUUCUUUCUCCUUGACAGUAUUUAAUUCCUGCACAAAACAAGGAG